GUCCUUUGAUAGCUAUUUUAGCUCCACAAUCGGCAAUUCAUACAUUGGUUGAACCUCGUUGAAGGCUGACAUGCCAAGAAUACGAUUUUGGGUCUUGACGAGGUUGCCUCCGGGGAGGAAGAAUAGGAUCUGAGCCAGGGGUCAAUAUGCGGGGUAAAGCGUAUCCUUCCUCGAUCCAUAAGUAACCUUGUGUCUCCAUCCAUUCUCCACUGCACAUCGAUAUUUUGAGAAGAGAAGAACAACGAACAGCUAUCAAGAUGCGAACGGCGGUUUCAGCUAAUCCCCUCCAGCUUGAUGUUAGAAGUCAUAGGAAAUGUCUCAUCAUUUGCUUCUUUCUCACGAUGGGGACCUUUCAGUAUGGUCUUGACUAUGCACUUGUCGGAGGAUUUCUCUCCAUGCCUGGAUUCCUCAAAGUCUAUGGCUACUACUCGCCAACUCUCAAGAAGUGGAACAUUGAUCCAACCGUUCAACAAUUGAUAUCUUCCUUGAUGACAAUUGGAACUUUCGUGUCUUCAUUGCUAGUUGGGCCGCUCAGCUCCAAAUUUGGUCGAAGACACGGACUCUGGUUUGCAGCAGGGUUGAAUGCUAUCUCAACAGCUAUCAUGCUCAGUACUACCAGCGUGGCAGCACUUUACGUAGCCCGCCUUAUCCUUGGCGUCUCUGUUGGAUGGUUCUUUACCUUCUCCCAGCUCUACGUCCAAGAAGCAGCCCCAGCUCAUCUACGCGGAGUCGUCUUUGGUUUUUACCAAGUCAUGCUAUCUGUUGGAUCCAUCGUCGGCGCCAGCGUUGACUUCGGAACUCACAACAUACUAUCCAGACGCUCGUACCAAAUUCCACUCUCUAUAUUCUUCGUUGCUCCAACCAUUCAAACAAUCAUGAUCAUCUUCUUUCCCGAGAGUCCUCGUUGGCUCAUGGUCCAAGGCGAGGAAGAGAAAGCAGAAAAAGCUCUCCGGAGACUUCGAAACGACAACAUUGACGAACAUGAAUUCCAGGCUGAGCUGAAUGAGAUUCGUGGUUCUACGAGAGAUCAGUUGGAGCAGAAUAAGAAAUGGUUGUUUCUCGAGAUGUGGCGUGGGACCAACCUCCGAAGAACACUUCUUUGUCUGUCUGUUGUCUGCUUCCAUGCUGCAAAUGGAUCUUCUUGGGUUAACAUCUAUACCACUUAUUUCCUGACCAUUGCAGGAGUCGAUAACGCUUUUGCCAUGUCCGUCAUGAUCACUUGCAUCGGUCUCCUUGGCUGCCUCUUCAGCUUAGCCUUCACACGUUACGUUGACAGACGAGUUGUUAUUAUAAUCGGCUGUAGCGCUUGCGCUCUCUGUCAGUUAUUUAUGGCAGUAGUCUGGACUGUACAUCCGGGAUCAAAAGUAGCUGGGAAAUGUGUGGUGGCAUUCAUCUCCCUCUUUACCUUCUUCUAUGUCGCAUACUCACCCACAGCCUGGCUUGUAGGAGGCGAAAUCCCCAACAACCAACUCCGCCCUUUCACCUACGGCAUUGCAACAGCCCUAAACUUCGUCGGCAACUGGCUUGGAACGUUCACAGCACCAUAUUUUAUCAACCCCGCCAAACUCGGCUGGAGUGCCAAAUACGGCUACAUUUGGUUUGGCACAAACAGCUUGCUCGUCCUCUUUACCAUCUUCUUUCUACCCGAGACAAGGGAUAGAACACUUGAGGAGAUGCACGAGAUGUUCGAGAACAAGGUGCCGACGCAUAAGUUCAAGAGCUAUGUCUGUACAGGUGUUGAGGACUACGCUGCGCAGGGUGUGGCGAAAGCUGAUGUUAUGGUGGAGAGGACGCCAUUUCAGCUCGAAAAAGAGGAGAUGGAGCAUGUCGAGGUGAGGGAGAAUGAAACUAAGGGACAGCCCAAGUAGGAUAUUUGACGGAAAAGGCAGCUCGCUAUGUAAUUCGGCUUGUGCAAGUGGGGAUGAGAGCUAUGCUUUUUUGAAAUUUUAUAAUUAUCAUGAAAGUCAUAGCUCUGUUGCUCUGGGUGCCGAGAGAGGCAUGGGAAUAUAACCCCCGCACUAGCAUGCACUUGGCUCCAGGGGCUGAAUUUCAGUAUAACCGCGCUAAAUGAUAGACCCAAGCG